GGAACUGACUUCCUCCUCCUCCUCCUCCUCCUCCUCUUCCUCUUCCACAUCGUCGUGGUGCCGCAGCAGCAGCCAACGCGGUGAGUGCGUCCUGCAGCAGCAACAACAGCAGCAGCAGCAGCAGCAGCAACAACAACGGCACCUGUCGUUUUCUGAACGAGCUGAUAACCGUUUUAGGAGUAAAACAAGGUAUUCUCCGAAACCAUUCACAAGCAAACACCGCGGGGAUCCGUGAAUACAGAUGGCUUCAUGUGUAGAUAUUUGCGCCUGUGAAAAUUACGCAUCGAGCCCUUGACGCUGAAGAGUGGUGACGGUGAGGGGAGCAAUUUCAGUGCAUCCCUGUGAACACACACACCUAGACACACACAUAUAUUGUGGAGCCUUUUUGGAUACAAGCGCUUCAAAGGAGACGAUGAGACGCUACCUGCUGACUGCCAUCUUUCUGCUGCCCUUGGUGGCCUCAGAGUCGGAACAAUGUCUAAUCAAGCGUGAACAUGAGAAAUGCAUGGACAGUAUGAUGCUGCACAACCCCAGCGAUGACCUUGAAUUAGUGUGUCCGUGGAUGUGGGACAACCUGACCUGCUGGCAGGCGGCCGACGUCGGCGAAGUUGUGGUGGUCAACUGUCCAGAGCUCUUCCACGACUUCAUGGACCCUGAAGAUGAUAUGGGCAGAAUCAGUCGUAACUGCACGGAGGAAGGCUGGUCUGAACCUUUCCCUCACUAUGUGGAAGUCUGCCUUAUCUAUAACACCACUAAACCUGACAUGUACUACGCCUCGGUCAAGGCUCUGUACACAGUUGGUUACAGCACAUCGCUGGUGUCUCUGACUACAGCCAUGGUCAUCCUCUGCAGAUUCAGGAAGCUCCACUGCACCAGAAACUUCAUCCACAUGAACCUGUUCGUGUCCUUCAUCCUGAGAGCCAUCUCAGUCUUCAUCAAGGACGAUGUGCUGUACUCUCAGGACGACAGCGACCACUGCUUCGUGCACACGGUGGCGUGUAAAGCAGUGAUGAUUUUCUUCCAUUACUGUGUCAUGUCCAACUAUUUCUGGCUGUUCAUUGAGGGUCUGUAUCUCUUCACUCUGCUCGUGGAGACUUUCUUUCCUGAGAGGCGCUACUUCUACUGGUACACCAUCGUAGGAUGGGGAACUCCCACCAUCUGCGUCACUGUCUGGGCAGUUCUGAGGCUCCACUUUCAUGACACUGGAUGCUGGGAUACGAAUGAGAACACUGCCCUCUGGUGGGUGAUCAAAGGACCUGUUGUAGCCUCCAUUAUGAUCAAUUUUGUCCUCUUCGUUGGCAUAAUCAUCAUCCUGGUGCAGAAGCUGCAGUCCCCUGACAUCGGAGGGAACGAAUCAAGCAUUUACCUCAGCUGUGCUCAGAAAUGCUUCAGUGAGCCCACACAGGCUGUUCAGCAUUCGUGCAGGAUGUCAGAGUUAUCCACCAUCACACUGCGUCUGGCGCGCUCCACCCUCCUGCUCAUCCCUCUCUUUGGUAUCCACUACACUGUGUUCGCCUUCUCACCUGAAGAUGUCAGCAAGAGGGAGAGGCUCGUCUUUGAACUGGGACUGGGAUCCUUCCAGGGCUUUGUUGUCGCCGUGCUCUAUUGUUUCCUGAAUGGAGAGUUUCUCCCUGAAGGUGCAGUCGGAGAUCAAGAGGAAAUGGCGCAGCUGGACGGUGAACCGGUACUUUGCCGUGGACCUGAAGCAGCAAAGGCACCCGUCGUUGGCCAGCAGUGGAGUGAACGGCGGGACCCAGCUGUCGAUCCUCAGCAAGAGCAGCUCCCAGAUACGCAUGUCCAGCCCGCUGGCGGAGAAUGCCAACAUCAGCCUCCCGACCUGAGCGUCUAAUGGGCAAGAGUCAACUUCAAGGUGCCGUUCCACUUACGUACAUCCAGACCAACCAGAGCAGACCAAAGUGGCCCCUCGUACCUCUUACAUUUUGUAGUUUGGCCUUUUGAAAAUGAGGUAUUUCUAAAAGCAUUUACUGGAGAUUCAUUAGAGGUGCAUAGCUGACUUUCAUGCUUUAACAUUUCAUUUGAUGAUACAAUAUAAGUGAACUUAUUUGAGUGUUUUAGUUGACUCGGUAGAUUGCGAUUAUUCUUAUUAAAGAUGCACUUUUAACAAAUUCCACUCAAAACAGAGAGAUAUUGGAAAUCCCCUUCCUACCCAUUUUCUUUAUUUUUAAUGUAUUCCCUAUUUAUUUCAUUUAUAAAUAAUAUUAAUGUACAGUUGGUGCCAAAAAACUGCCCUAGUUGUAAAAAGAAAAGAGUAGUUGAACAGAUGUAGGGGUCAUGUUGGACUGUUGGUGUGUAAAGUAAAUGUGCUUCAAACAGUCCCAAAUGAAAUAACAACCAAACGUUCGCCUUGCUUGUACAAAUGCUCAUUGUUUAAGUGUUUCAUCUUAAAUUUAAACAUUUUCUACAAUCAGCCGUAAGUACAUAGUAUGUCAAAAGAAGAAAAAAGAAAAAGUUCAAGGACUUUGUAAAUAGUUACUUUUGAUGUCGAGAUCAGAGUUUCUUUCUUUUGCAUUACGCGGUUAUUGUAAUGACCUUUUCAAACAAAAGGAACUGGAGCCCAAAUCUGUAGACCUCAUCACAUAUUCUGAUGACCCACAAGAUCCUGCCCACUAUAUCCUAAAUGAUUUGUAUAAAAUAAAAACACACGGUAUAUAUAGAAGAACCAAAAUGAAUGAGCACUGUAGUGCAGCGUCAGAUACAACAAGUUAGAGAAGAAGAGCUUCAUAUGACACCAUUAAAUCAUGUUCAUUUAUUAUUAGUUCUUCCAAAUCCAGGUUUGCUUGAAGCGCAGUGUAACUUUUGACGAGGGGCCGUGAGUUGACUUCGUAUUGUCACAAGAAUUAGGAACCGCUGCUGUCGAUGAUAUCACAGGUACACGAGGGAAUGCAAAAUAUGAUUUACAAACUUCAAAAUGGAUGUAAUCCUCACAGCUAGUGUUAGUAGUUUCCUCCAGUUGAUUUCCCUUUCACAGACUUGUCAUGUUCUUGUAAACUGGGAACAUAAACAGUGUAUUUGCCAUUUAGUGGAUGUCUUCAUCCAGAGCUCCUCAUAGUGCCAUGAGUUUUAUAUGUACAGCAUUUUAUCGCAGGGCAGAAUCAAGUCCUCAACAUGCUCAUAAAGAUAACAGGACUCUUUGUCUGUGUCCUCUUUCAUCUGAGCUCCAGCUCAUCGUGCCAUAUUAAAUUGCUCUUCAUUUAAAAAACAUUUUUUGAAUGAAUCAUCUCCUACACUCAUAUUCCAAAGUGCCUAGUCAGUCACAAAUAGCUAUCACUUUUAUUUCCAGUGCAAUGAACAGAUAUCUUAAAGUCGUAAUAAGUGUCAUUUCCUGCAAAGAAUGUACAGAGUGGUGUGUUUGUGUUGUUUUCUAUUGCAAUUACAUCUUUCUUUGUCAGAAGAAAUUACGUUUUGCUUAUUUAUUGGUGAAAUUGUUCAAGUGAAAAAAGUCCUGCUUUGUUUUCUUUUUAAUUGUGCCGAGUUUGGUUUAUUUAGCCUCUUCGUUCUGUUCAAGAUAAGUCUGUUUCAAUUCAGCACCGACAUCAAACGCAUAAACAGCUUCAAAACAAUAAAUGUUGUCAACACAAAAGGCUUUAAUGUGACAGCUCUUGACAAUCGCUUGAGUGUUGCCCAUUUUUCUCUUUCUGUCUUUUUUGUUUGUGCACAAACUAAACUAACAAACAAUAACUGUCCAGGUGGGGAAACAAUUUAAUAAGACAAAAUGUGAAACGAUGUGUACAGGAAGAUUUAUCCACAAUAUUUACUCCAGAUAUUUAUUUUUUGUACUGUCAUCCGAGUGGAUUAAAAGAAUGUAGUAACUUUAAACACUGAAUUCAAUAUUGUCAAACAGAAAAGGAUGUAUAUUUAUUUUCCAUAAACCAGUGCCAUGUGAAAUGUACAGUAUAUAUGCUUUCUUGUGUGUAAGUUAUGCCUGAUGUAUGAUUUCAUUACACUGAUAUUGACUCUCGCGGUCAAAGUGCCAUAAAUGUAGUGCCAUAACCAGUGAGACGUCAGGCACAAUGUCUCGUUUCUAAUUCAAAAACUAAAAAACAAAAGGUACUAACGGGAAAUUAGUGUCCAAAGCUGCAAGAGGGCAUUUGUUUGAGAGAUAAAACAAAGAUAUAAACUCUUAAAGAGCAAGAUAAACACACACACACACACACUACGCAUCGGUUUUAUGCAUCUGCUCGGCUGCUUUUGGACAAACCCGUGUGUGACGAGAUACUAUCAAGGGAACUAGAGCCAGAGGUAAAAAAAAAAAUAUAUAUUUUAUUUUAAUUAGGAAGGUAUAAUAAAAUGGAACAACUGCGAGAGAUACAACACAAAGUGUGUACGAGGGUGUGAUAAAAUCACCAGCCGUCACUCUGAGUCUGAAUCAGCUCAGAAGGAAACGACCAUGUCUCAAAGCUGUUACUGUCUGUGAAAAGAAGAGUAGUAAACUCCUUACUUUACCAUGUCUGUGCUGUAUAUGUGUGUACCACAAGGUGGCAGCAAAGUGUUAGAGUUUUUAGUAUAGCUAGAGGGAAGUUUGACUGGCAUUGAUUUGCUUUUCGAGCCUUGUACUUAGAGGUAGUGUGCGGCAUUCAGGCACCUAAAUGCCACGUGCUCAACAUCGUUCACGUCUAUGUUUGGCGAUUUUUAUUUACUCAAAUCAACAAACAAGCCGACAAAUGAGAUUAUUCAAAUUGAGGUCUGAUCCCUUCUCUCUUUAGUUAAAAAACAAACAAACAAUUUGAAUUUUCAUAACUUAUUGAGAAUUAGGAGCUCCUUUCUGUGCUAUAAUAAAGUCAGGCUUUGUUACGUCAUUUUGGCUAAAACUGACCACACCUCUCUCCACACACACACACACACACACCUCUUCUUACAGUUAGUUUAGCUUUUACAGUAGCAAACUAAUCUGUUGUGUCACAGAAAAGCCCUCGACAAGUUUUAUUAAAGGAAUAGUCUCACAUUUCUUGGAACUUUCUUUGCUGAUGGUGAGGUGAGAAGAUUGAUACGACUUUCUCCAGUUUUUGUGGUAUUCAUCUUCUCGUCUAACUUCCCGGCAAGUGAAUAUGUUGUGUUUUUUCUCAGAAUGUCGACUAUUCCUAACUAUUCUCAGUGUGGCAUAUCUCUGUGUUUAGAUGCCUUUUCUUUGGUGUGCGCGUUGAGCCAGCUUUAUCAAGUGUUGAGUGUGUGUGUGAGUUUUAUUGAUUGCCAAUGAAUUUUUGAAUGUACCAAUGUUGCUCAGCUGCUCUUAGCCUGCUACUGUAUCAAUUUGCCAUGGUGUACAAAUGAUGUCUUUUCUUGAUCAUAUAUACAGUGCAUGUAUAUGCACUGUAUAUGUAUAUUUUUGGCACACAGGUGGACCUCUUGACGAAGACCUGUAAUGUUUGUGACCGUGUUUUUGUAUGUUUAUGUUUAUGUAACUGUUUUCAGAGUGAGUGAGUGAGUUUGAAAGUUGGAGAGUGUGUUCUGUAUGCAUGUGUAUGUAGUGACGAGCAUUAAUGAGGAUAUAAGUAACUUAAAUGUCAAAAGAAUAUCUAUAAACCCUCAUCGAUUAUUAUGUUCUACCUGUGACAGUGUGUCAUGUGUAACAUGCGUUCUGGUGUCCAACAUUCAUGUCCCAGGUUGUGUACAUUUGACUGCAAAAUAAAUCUAUCUGUGGUAAA